AUGAAUGAAUUGAAGUACUUCAUCCAUCUGACUGCAUUCAGAAUAGAAGAGUGUCCAAGUCUGGAGUCAUUUCCAUUUCCUGACCAUGAGUUGCCGAAUCUUUCCUCGUUAACACAUUUGGAAAUAAAAAACUGUACAAGUCUGGAUGCUUCCUUUCCUGGUGGGCUUUGGCCUCCAAAACUGGGUUCUCUUACCAUAGGAGGGUUGAAGAAGCCCAUGUCAGAGUGGGACCCACAGAGUUUUCCAACCUCACUUGGUUACCUACAUCUAUAUGGCGGACCAUAUGAAGAUGUGACUGAUUUUAGUCGGUUGUCCGGUCUUUUUCCUUCAUCUCUUACUUCUCUUCGCAUAGAAAGAUUUGAGAAAUUGGAAUCAGUUUCAACGGGACUCCAACACCUCGCCUCCCUCCAACAUCUCAGCAUUGUCAAGUGCCCAAAGAUGAUGGAUCUACCAGAAAAGUUGUUGCCUUCGCUUUUGAGUUUGAAAAUUAGUGAAUGCCCAAAUCUGAAAAAAAAGACUAGUAUAGGAGGCUCCUAUUGGCCCGUCGUUUCCCUAAUUCCCCUGCAUCUCCGAGGAUGA